AUGGCUCCGGCAAAUCCCUAUCUCUUGGCGUGUGACAAUCCCACCGCCCUUCUGGACCUGCUUCGCUCCAACCCCGCAAUCGCAUCCAGCCAGGACGAACAUGGCUAUUCCCUACUCCACGCCGCCGCUUCCUAUGGUCAUGUCGAUCUCCUCCGAGCCCUUGUGAAGGAAUUCAAUGUCGAUGUUAAUCUUGUGGACGAAGAUGGCGAAACUUGUCUGUUCGUCUGCGAGAACCCGAAGGUCGCGCAGUGCCUUGUGGAGGAGCUGAGUGUGGACAUCAACAAGACCAAUGACGAGGGUCAAAGGGCAGAUGAAAAGCUGGAGGCUGAGGAAGAAUUUCCUCGUGUCUUGGAAUACCUUCGUGGGGCCUUGGGACUCUCUGUCUCUGCUCCGGCCGACUCUGCGCCAGGCCCUUUGAACGCCCCCGGGCCAAUUCCUGGCAACAUGCAAGUGAACGUUGGAACCAUGUCAGAGCAGGAGGCUAGUGCUGGAGAGACUGAGGUUGAUCCUGAGUUCAAGCGACGUAUCGACGAGCUCGCGGCUCGCGAGGAUUUCCAUAGCGAAGCCACGCAAAAUGAGUUGCGCGACCUAGUUCGCGAUGCCCUCGGUGGCAGCAGCAUUGAGACCUUAGAGCGCGAGGUGAGGAGGAGGACCGACUAA